GGGUCCUGGCAGGAGGCCCGCGCCCCGAACGGCCACGUGGAGAGCUGCUCCGAGCAGUGUUGGGACGUCCUCGGGAAGAGGACCUGAGGCCCGUGGGGGGCUGCGAUGGUGCGGAGUCGGUCUCGGAUCCGAGGACCCCCGGAGCCAUGUCUCUCCCCGGCGGCAGGGACCCCGAGCGGCAUGUCAGGGUGAAGCAGUGGGGCUCAGUGCUGAACAUGCUCAGGAGGCUGGACAAGAUCAGGUUCAGAGGUCACAAGCGAGACGACUUCCUCGACCUGGCGGAGUCUCCCAACGCCUCGGACAACGAAUGUGGCGACGACGUGCCCCUGAGAGUGCCUCGGGCGGCUCCCCGAGCGCUCUCUCUCGGUGCUUCCCUCCAGGCCGGUCCAGGGACCCUCAUCAUGGCCGCGGGAGUCCAGGACUUUAACCGGACGGAGUCUGAUCGCCUGAAUGAGAUCAAAGGUCACCUGGAAAUCGCCUUGCUGGAGAAGCACUUCCUGCAGGAGGAGCUCCGGAAGCUGCGGGAGGAAACCAACUCCGAGAUGCUGCGGCAGGAGCUGGACCGCGAGCGGCAGCGGCGGAUCGAGCUGGAGCAGAAGGUGCAGGAAGUGCUGAAGGCCAGGUGGGCCCUCACCCCCCCCUCCCUGUCUUUCAGGCUGACAGAGAACAUGCGGCGGCUGAAGCGCGGCGCCAAGCCGGUCACCAGCUUCGUGAAGAACCUGUCUGCCUUGUCCGACUGGCACUCCGUCUACACGUCCGCCAUCGCCUUCACCGUCUACAUGAACGCCGUGUGGCACGGCUGGGCCAUCCCCAUGUUCUUGUUCCUGGCAAUUCUGAGGCUGUCCCUCAAUUACCUCAUAGCCAGGGGCUGGCGGAUCCAGUGGAGCAUCGUGCCCGAGGUGUCCGAAGUGGUGGAGCCGCCGAAGGAGGACCUGACGGUGUCCGAGAAGUUCCAGCUGGUGCUGGACGUCGCCCAGAAGGCCCAGGUGCGCGCUCCUGCCGGCCCGUGGCCCUGCUGUGUCGAAGGCGGGACCUACAGAGCCAGGCGGCCCCCAGGCCCAGGGCCAGCUGUUGUCAUGGCUACAGAGAGCCUGGGGCCUUGGCAGGAGGGUGCCCUGGCAGUGAGCGCUCUGGUCACAGUGGAGAGCCACCUGGGCAUCGACACUGUGUCCCGAGCCAGCCGAGUGCUGCCCUCGGGGUCUCCGACAAGGGGGUCUGGGCCUAGCAGAACUCCCAGGCAGGUCCAGGAGGCCUUCCUGGAGGAGGGGACACUGGCUUGCAGAGUCGUGUGUGUGCUGUGUGAGAACGGCUGGCGCUGCUGCCUGAUCAACAGAGACCGGAAGAUGCCCACGGACUACAUCCGGAACGGGGUGCUGUACGUGACGGAGAACUACUUGUGCUUCGAGAGCUCCAAGUCCGGCUCCUCCAAGAGGAACAAGGUCAUCCGGCUGGUGGACAUCACCGACAUCCAGAAGUACAAGGUCCUCUCUGUCCUCCCGGGGUCGGGCAUGGGGAUCGCCGUGACGACGCCAUCAACCCAGAAGGUAAGUGCUGGGCAGGCGGGGGCCCCAGGGCCAGUGCAGAGCCACUGACCUGCCAGGCUCCACCUGGGCA